UUAUGUGAGAGUCCAGUCCCUUGGCGUAGUCUUUGCCUUUAUAUAUUGAAUACAUCACCGUAGGUAUAUCAUAUAUAAGGGAAGUGCACGCGAGCUACGCGUGCGCGCCUUUUUUUCUGAGCGCUUGUCGUCUGCUGUGAGCGGCUGAUAAAGACAUCAACUAAACAAGAUAGAAGUUCACUGUCAGCCCGCCAGACGGUGCAGACGUCAACAGAAGAGGACGAAGGCGACGUUGACUACAACAUCUCCCACAACGACAAAGACAGCCCUAGGCUCGGCCACGGCCAGGAAACGGAGGAAAAAAGUAUCGGGGGCUGAGGUUGCUGGCCAUAGGAACGGCUACUGGACGCCUGACGCCCGACGCGACUCUCACAAAAUGACAAGAUGGUUGACCACAAUUUUAGUUGUUGGAUACAUGUUGCCUGUGGUCAGUUCUCAAGGAAGCGCUGGACAUUUGGUCUAUUCAGCUGAACCGUCUGGGGUCCACUGUGGCACUAACCAGUGUACGAGAGAAGCUUCCUGUCGGAGCCACACUUACUGCGAUUGUCCUAGUGGAAAGUACGGAGAUGGAAGUUUAAAAUGUUACCCAUCAAACAGUAGGAGAGCAGAAGUCCUGGGAAAUACUAGCACACUGACAAGCUUUUCAGAGGCAAUAGACAAAAUUGUAUGGCCCGGAAGCUAUUCUUUUUCGGAGUUUACCUGUACCCGGCAUAGCAACGGGAGAGAUUGUCGAGCACAGAUUAUCGGUAUUAAUACCAUACGAAAUGGAAGAACGAUCGCUUAUGGAUUUCGCAUUAACUUCCGAUGUCCGCAUGACCCACACUUGUCAGAGGAAGGAGUGUGUCUUAUGGUGACAGGCGUACAGCGAGGCGGGAAAUAUUACUAUCGCGAAUGGGGAUUGGUUGAUUGCGGACCAGAAGUUUUUCUAACAGAAACUGACCCCAACAAUUAUCCAGACCUAACUUUGGAUGGUAGCGGAAGUGGAGAUGGUAACGGAGACGAGGGUUCCACCGGUGGAGGAGGCGGAGGUAAUGGAGGUAAUGGUGGAAGCUCAGGCGGCGGUGGAGGCAGCAGCGGUGACGAAGAGGACAGCUCGGGGGAGGAUGAACUUCCGUGGGAGGACCCUUCGGCCUUUGACAUCGGUGGGGGUCACUUGGUGCAGAUCGAGGUGGACGAGGACAACACUGCUGUGGUGUCCGUGCCGGACUGCGGUUUUGAGGUGGGAUUCAGGGCGUUCGACUUAGAAGCGGUGGAUGACCCUCAACAGUCCGUGCUGUACCUCUACGUCAGUGACGACGUGGACUUCAUCUACCCCAAUAGAAGCUUAGCAGGGUCAAGGUCAUUGGAAGAGCACUACGAAACAGAUUUGGUCGGAGAGAAUCUAUUGUUGUACCAGGCUCUGACAUACACUCCGAAACAAUUGUCUGAUCAUCUGGGUAAACUAUGUUCUACGACCGCCAAAGUUUUCCAGGCCAGCUGUGACUCUGUUGAAGAAAAAGAGUCGGCUGUAGUGAACUGUACAUUCCUUCUUUCUAACGAAGUAGUUCAAUGUUUGGAUGCAGGAACUGCGGAAGGCACUAAAAGCGUUCAUGCAUUUCAACUGUGCAUACAGAUCGUCUGCUCACCUAGACCAUCAUGGUGUUCGCUCUUCCGGUCUGCUAUUCCAGAGCAUUGCUGGGACACGGUGGCUUCAGGAUAUUCCAACCUAGACUGCACUUAACUAUGUCAAAAGACGUUUUCAAUAGAAGUUUUUGUAGUCUAUGGUGUAGCCUUACAAUAAAUUAUAAUUAUUGCGAUCUA